GGGCAGCGGCGGCGCCCGCGCGUCGUCAGUUGGGUCAGUGCCGCCGCCUCGCACGGAGCUGGGCGCUCCUUCUCCCUCACACGGCAGCCGCUCGCUCCGCGCCGAAGCUCCCCCGCGUCCCGAAGCGGAUAGUAUGGUGGAUUACCACGCUGCCGGGCAACCCUCUUAUCAGUACGGCGGCAACGGGCCGGGCAUCGGCGACUACAUGGCUCAAGAGGACGACUGGGACCGGGACCUCCUGCUCGACCCAGCCUGGGAGAAGCAGCAGCGCAAGACUUUCACAGCAUGGUGCAAUUCUCACCUGCGGAAAGCCGGCACGCAGAUUGAGAACAUCGACGAAGAUUUCCGUGAUGGCCUGAAGCUCAUGUUGCUGCUGGAGGUCAUUUCAGGGGAGCGGUUACCGAAACCGGAGAGAGGGAAGAUGAGGGUGCACAAGAUCAACAACGUGAACAAAGCUCUCGAUUUCAUCGCAAGCAAAGGAGUCAAGCUGGUUUCCAUAGGAGCUGAAGAAAUCGUCGACGGCAACGCAAAGAUGACCCUCGGCAUGAUCUGGACCAUCAUCCUCAGAUUCGCCAUCCAGGACAUCUCCGUAGAAGAGACUUCGGCCAAGGAAGGCCUGUUGCUCUGGUGCCAGAGGAAGACUGCGCCCUACAAGAACGUCAACGUACAGAACUUCCACAUAAGCUGGAAAGACGGCCUUGCUUUUAAUGCCUUGAUCCACAGACACAGACCAGAACUCAUUGAGUAUGACAAGCUCAGAAAGGAUGAUCCAGUCACGAAUCUGAACAACGCUUUUGAGGUCGCUGAGAAAUACCUCGACAUUCCCAAGAUGUUGGAUGCAGAAGACAUUGUCAACACGGCCCGGCCCGAUGAGAAGGCCAUUAUGACCUAUGUUUCCAGCUUCUACCAUGCCUUCUCUGGCGCUCAGAAGGCUGAGACGGCUGCAAACCGGAUUUGCAAAGUGUUGGCCGUCAACCAGGAGAAUGAACACCUGAUGGAAGACUACGAGAAGCUGGCUUCCGACCUGCUGGAGUGGAUUCAGCGCACCAUCCCCUGGCUGGAGAACCGCGUCCCGCAGAAGACCAUCCAGGAGAUGCAGCAGAAGCUGGAGGAUUUCCGCGACUACCGGCGGGUUCACAAGCCCCCCAAGGUGCAGGAGAAGUGCCAGCUGGAGAUCAACUUCAACACCUUGCAGACCAAACUGCGGCUAAGCAACCGGCCGGCCUUCAUGCCCUCCGAGGGGAAGAUGGUCUCGGACAUCAAUAACGGCUGGCAGCACUUGGAGCAGGCGGAGAAAGGCUACGAAGAGUGGCUGCUGAAUGAGAUCCGAAGGAUGGAGAGGCUGGACCACUUGGCCGAGAAGUUCAGGCAGAAGGCGUCGAUCCACGAAAGCUGGACCGAAGGUAAAGAGACCAUGCUGCGGCAGAAGGACUACGAGACGGCCACCCUGUCGGAUAUCAAGGCCCUGAUCCGGAAGCACGAGGCUUUUGAGAGCGAUCUGGCGGCUCACCAGGAUCGUGUGGAGCAGAUAGCGGCCAUCGCGCAGGAGCUCAACGAGUUGGACUACUACGACUCGCCCAGUGUCAACACCCGGUGCCAGAAGAUCUGUGACCAGUGGGACUCGCUAGGAUCCUUGACCCACACACGGAGGGAAGCCUUGGAGAAAACAGAGAAGCAGCUGGAGACCAUUGACCAGCUCCACCUGGAAUAUGCCAAGCGGGCAGCGCCCUUCAACAACUGGAUGGAGAGUGCCAUGGAGGACCUGCAGGACAUGUUCAUCGUCCACACCAUCGAGGAGAUCGAGGGAUUGAUUGCAGCCCACGAUCAAUUCAAGUCCACCCUUCCCGACGCGGACAAGGAGCGUGAGGCCAUCCUGGGUAUCCAGAGCGAAGCGCAGAAGAUUGCAGACUACAACAACAUAAAGCUCUCCGGGAACAACCCGUACACUUCGGUCACUCCGCAGAUCAUCAACUCCAAGUGGGAAAGGGUCCAGCAGCUGGUGCCAAAGAGGGACCACGCCCUGCAAGACGAACAGAGCAAGCAGCAGUCCAAUGAACAUCUGCGCCGGCAGUUUGCUAGCCAGGCCAACAUCGUGGGGCCUUGGAUCCAGACCAAAAUGGAGGAGAUCGGGCGCAUCUCCAUCGAGAUGAACGGGACCCUAGAGGACCAGCUGGACCACCUGAAGCUGUAUGAGCAGAGCAUCGUGGAUUACAAGCCCAACAUCGACCUCUUGGAGCAGCAGCACCAGCUCAUCCAAGAGGCCCUCAUCUUCGACAACAAGCACACCAACUUCACCAUGGAGCAUAUCCGUGUCGGGUGGGAACAACUCCUCACCACCACAGCCCGGACCAGCAACGAGGUGGAGAACCAAAUCUUGACCCGGGACGCCAAGGGGAUCAGCCAGGAGCAGAUGCAGGAGUUCCGGGCCUCCUUCAACCACUUCGAUAAGGACCACGGCGGCUCCCUGGGACCCGAAGAGUUCAAAGCUUGCCUCAUCAGCUUGGGAUACGAUGUGGAGAAUGACCGACAGAAGCGCACAGGCAGCAUGGACACAGACGACUACCGAGCCCUGCUUAUCUCCACGGGAUACAGCCUGGGAGAUGCGGAAUUCAACCGGAUCAUGAGUGUCGUGGACCCCAACAACAGCGGAGUGGUGACUUUCCAAGCCUUCAUCGAUUUCAUGUCCCGGGAGACCACGGACACGGAUACGGCCGACCAGGUCAUUGCCUCCUUCAAGGUCCUGGCUGGAGACAAGAACUACAUCACGGCAGAGGAGCUUCGGCGAGAGCUCCCCCCCGACCAGGCCGAGUACUGCAUCGCGCGCAUGGCACCUUACCAGGGGCCCGAUGCCAUCCCGGGUGCCCUCGACUACAAGUCCUUCUCCACGGCGCUUUACGGCGAGAGUGACCUGUGAGGCUAGAGCCGGAGGCAGCGGCGGCAACAGCAAGCGCUGGCGCUUUUUGGGGAGGGAGGGUGGGGCGACGCUCUUGAUUUUCCCCCAUUCACACAAACACACACACACACAAACACAGCAAUGGGAAGGUUGUCUUUCUCUUUCCUUCUCUCUCUCUCUUUCACUUUCCGAGGACAGAAAGCUGCCUCCACGCUGGGCGACCCCUGGGAGCUGGCCUGGGCCACCCCCUCCCCACCCCCUUCUCCCCACCCCAUCCCCAUUGCGCACUCGACGGACACUAUGCAACAGUUCCAAGUCUUUCCCCCAAAACUCUGAGCAGCGGAGGAGCUCGGUGUGGCUCCUUGCUUCCCGGGGGAGGAAGGAAGAGUUCGGCCCCAAGGCCUUACCAGCAAAGGCCAUGAAGCAUCCCGGCCACCACCGCCGCGGUUCAGAUGGCUAUUAUUGUUCUAUAUAGAUGACAUUCCGGUUUCCCUCCUUCUACUGAUCUUAAUUGGGCCCAGAGUGGGAUGGAGAGUUCUACUGUCGACUGGCAUAUACAGGGCCCUCCCUCCAUCUCUUCUCAGGCGCUGCCUUUUAAUUAAUGUGUCUGGGGUGCCCCCAAGCCACCCUCGGUCCGCGGCGCAUCAAAACCCAACACCUUCAGGAUCUGGAGGGGCUGCUGAGACCCACUUCCUUGCUUUCCUCUCUGACACAGAACCUAGAUACCUCAUUCCGGACCUUUCCGCUCGCUGCGCUAGGCAGUUUUGGGGCCUAGCCUGUGCCUCUCGCCCCCCAACCCAGCGUCGCACCUCCGACCGGCUCUUCCCCCCGUUAGGGGCGAGAGGAGGAGGAGGUUGGGGGCCCCCUUCAAGCGUCGAGGUCCAAACUCGCGGUUUCUGCCCAGGCGGUUUGCUUUGACUGGGAAGCAGAGUUGGGUCUGUACAGCCAGUCCUAGGCAGCUCCUUUAAGCAGUGCCCUCGUUCACGGCCACCCAAGCUCUCCGUGGCACACGCUUAGUUUGACAUCCGCGGUUUGCCCUUCACCUGCUGGAAGAAAUAGGUUGCCUUCCCAUUCGGGGCUAGUUGGGAGGGCUUGCGCCUGGCAAGGGCGUAUUGGCCCUUUCCCAUUCCGCAGACUGAGCACGCGAGUGUUCAAAGAGGCAGUGCCUCUCUCCUCAAAUCCGUCGCAGCUUCUUCCCCGACGCUCGCAGGAGAAGCAAAACCUUUGCGGAACGGAUAUCCCCACCCCAGUCGGGCCCUUUCUCCUCUUUUUUCUCCCACCCUAGUCUCCGGUUUUAUAAAUCCUCCCGUCCUUCUCUGCCCCAUACCAUCAGGUCGCGGCAACACCCCCCCCCAGCCGCUUUUGUAACAGAGUUUGGGAAUAACACAAUCUCAGCAAUACUGACGCCCGUUUUGAGGCCGAAACGUGAAAACGGUUCGUUUUCUCGCGCGAAGUGCGCCCAGAGGUGUCUUGAGGAGGGGCUUUAACUUUCUCCGGGAGGGGGGAGAGGUGCUAGGAGUCGAGCAUCAGUCUUAAAAAGCAGGCCGAUCCGGAACGGAUUUGUCUCGUUUCCCCCUUUCUCGACACCCCUUGUUUCACACCCGAGGGUGGUUUUUUGGGUGAGGGUGAGAAAAGUGAAAUUGUGGGUAAGGUGACCCCCAAGGCGGAGGGCAGGGGGAAUCGCAAAUAACUACAGGUGCUUUCAGAGGGAACUUUUGAGGGGUGUCUGAGAAGGAGGGGGGAGCCCCAAGACCGUGCUUCCCAGCAUCCUCUGGGGGUGAUCCUUGCAAGGUAGCGAAACUUUGGCUGCUCCCUCUUCUCCCCCCGCAGGGCAGGAGCAACUUGCUCAUUCAGUCUUCCUCUCUCUCUCUCUCGCCUCGCUCUGAACAACCCAUAAAAAUAAAAAAUCCAUUGCUUCACGCUUAUAUAUAUAUAUAUAUAUUAUAUAUAUAUCUAUUUUUUUGUAAUUUCUUCAUCAUGGUGCAGGGUUUUCUGAGGACCAAAUCUAAAACGAAAGAGAACCGUGCAGAGAUCUUUUUUUAAAAAAAGAAAGAGAGAAACUAAAAACACAGCAAACUGUUGCAAUUUAAUAACGUCCAGAUUUAUUAUUAUUAAAUAUAUAUAUACAUCUAGCAUCGUAUAUUGCCGAAGGGUGUGUUUGGGUUUGUUUGUUCAGGUUUUUUUUUUUUUGUCUUUGUCUUUUUCCUUCAUCAUGUAAUUAAAAAGGUUAUGGCUGACCGUAGCACUGGGGGCGGGCGUGGGGAACCAGUAACAUUCCUACACCUUUUUUAUUUUUUUUGGUCACCCAUCUUUUUCGUUUUGGUUCUCUUCCUUUCUUUUUGUCGUCGAAGAAGGUUUAGCUUAUUUUAUUGUGUUCGCUCCUGAAUGCCUGCCCUCUGCAGGGUUCGGGCAGUUCAGCCAAUAGGGAGUAGCUGGCUUCUGUCUGCCUCUGUUCUACAAACUUCCGAGCUUUCCGGGGAAAACCAGCCCUCCUCCCACUUGGGAACAAGACAAUAAAAUGUAAUAUUUUUAAGGAUGA